UGGAAAUUCUGGUAACCUAAAGGCAUGCCCAUUUGCCAUGUGCAGAAAGAUUACACUAACAAUCUUGUAGUUUUUGCUAGUAAUAUGCAGGAAAAUAUACAAGCUUGACAACUAUUUGCAGAUGCAGAAUCUUCUUUGAGAUUAAGCAUGUAUAGGAAAUCAAAUUACAUUCACUAUUACGUACUGGAAUGCUCGUGAUCUUCUUGUAAAUCAAAACAUUGCAGAUACAUGAAACAUAUGUUUACUUCAGACAUCCCAACAGCAUCAGAUCAACUCUUCUCGUGCACAUCAUGAAACUGCUGCCAAGGCUAACAGGACACAGAUCAUUGCAUGGAUUACCCUUCUGGACAGGCAUUUUGCGCUGGAAGAAUCCACAGGAACACUAUAUGCCGGUGAAUCCUUUGGAGCAGCUUUCUUUGGUGGAGGUGGUGAUGGAGGCGGUGGUGGCAGAGGCAUUUGUGAGAUCCUCUGUAGAAAUCGACGAUCUGAAUCAAGCUUCUGCGGCUGAUAAGGCAUUUGCGAGAUCCUCUAUAGAAAUCGGCGAUCUGAAUCAUGCUUCUGUGGCUGAUAAGGUUUUUGUUCGAUCAUUUAUAGAAAUUGGGGCUUUUGCGAGUGAGAAGCUUGUUGCUCGUGAAUUUGGUGCUGUGUUUGCUCGUGAAUUUGGUAGCGGAUCGGAUGGUCCGCCGGCUAUAUACCCAUUUCUGACCCUUCCUAAGCUUGCUCUUGUGCUGAUAAGUGAGAAAAAGGAGAAAUGUAGCCAUUUGAAGGGGAAUAAACGUGGAAAUUCAAUAUUGGCUUAUUUAUUCUAUAAAUCUGAUAUCAAAACUAUAUUGAAUCAGGAGCCAAAACUUUGCAAAACUUCUUAUUUCCCCGGAUAUUUCUCAGCCCACAUCUUCUCUUUCGCCAUUCGGGGUGCCAUGUCCUGCUUCCGCUCAUUGGGUAAGGCUGGGCACCUAGAUCUGCUCCAGAGCACCUUUCGAUGAACAGAUUGUGCCACACAAUCUGCAAGAGAACCCCUCCAUUCCACUCCGAAUAUAGUUGUGCAAGUC